CGUUUUUCCUUUGCUUGUUUCGUUUUGCUCGAUUUUGAUUUCGGUUUUUGAUUUUGGAUGCGUUUGGAAAAUUGAUGUGUUUUUCUUUUUGCCUCACUCACCUUUAGCUUGUUUUCGAGAAUGCUCAACGAAAAUAAUGUUAGUCAUCGAGGCAAAUAUUGAAUCGCGGUGCUUAAACGUGGAGGCAUACUUAGUUAUCAUAGUUUAGCCUCUAAAAUUAUCCGCUAAACCACUCGUUUUCUCAAUCAUCUUCUUUGUUUUAAUUUAUUUUUUUCUGGAUCCAGAUCUGGUUUGUUUGAGAUUGGCGAGUUUUUAAUAUAAUCAUAUGGAACCCGUGAAUCAUAUAUAAUUGUGGCAAGUCCCAAAGCUGGCUGAAAAAGAUGUGUUAUCUGAUAUGAAAUGGGUCGUUGGCUAAGUUAACAAAAGAACAGAGACUAUUGGAGUUUGGAUUUAAUUGAACAGUUGCGAUUCGGAAAUGUGUGUUGAUAUAUAAACAAAACAAGAAUUUGUAUCCUUUUUACAAUUAGCCAGGUGUUGAUGGAGUAUGUAUUUAUCAGCUCAAUGAAUCCGCAAGUCUCCGAAUUUCUUAAUAAAAAUUUUUCUUGAGAGCAUUGUUCAGCGCAUGGUUAAUGUCAAGUUCUUCUUGUCCUGGACCUCCUAAACACCAAAUUAUUGAGGGAAUAGAUUUUUAAAUUAGUAUCGAGUUCCUCAUGGCACAUGCUAGCAAUUAAUAACUUAGAAAUGAUCAAUCAGCAGAUAAAAAUUAAAAAUUGACUUGCAUCUAAUACAUCUGUAUACACUAACUUGCGUCUUUUUUUAAAAAAAAAUACUACACUGGCUUGUGUUGUAUCUGAUCCACAACAAAAGUCGAACAUAAAGCUAAAUACCACUUGAACUUUGUCAGCGAUAUUUCUUAGAUCUUAUUGAACUUUGUACUCCCAAAAAGAAUCAAUCAAUUUCAAAAAAACAAAAAAAUGACAAUUCUUUCCUCUCUCGGAAGAAGCUCUCGAUCUGCGCCACUUGCAUCUAAGCUCUUUCUCCUCGGCACUCUCAGUGGUGGGAGUUUAGUGGCGUACUCAGAUUCUAACGCAGAAGCUAACAAAAAGGAGGAGCAGAGGAAGAAGAAGAAAGUAGUUGUACUUGGCACUGGAUGGGCUGGUAUAAGCUUCCUCAAAGAUCUUGACAUAUCUUCCUACGAUGUUCAAGUUGUUUCUCCGCAGAACUACUUUGCCUUUACGCCAUUGUUGCCCAGCGUCACUUGUGGGACUGUUGAAGCUAGAAGUAUUGUUGAGUCUGUUCGAAAUAUAACAAAGAAGAAAACUGGGGAAAUUGAGUUGUGGGAAGCAGAUUGUGUUAAGAUCGAUCCUGCUAACAACAAGGUUCGAUGUCUGCCAGUUUUCAAGGAUGAUCCUGAAGCAAGCCAAGAGUUCUCUCUGGAAUAUGACUACUUGAUCGUAGCAGUGGGAGCACAAGUUAACACAUUUGGCACUCCUGGUGUUCUUGAGAACUGCCAUUUUCUCAAGGAAGUAGAGGAUGCACAGAAGAUUCGUAGAGGAGUGAUUGAUUGCUUUGAAAAGGCACUCCUUCCGGGUCUCACUGAGGAACAAAGAAGAACAAAGCUUCAUUUUGUUAUUGUGGGAGGAGGUCCUACUGGUGUUGAGUUUGCAGCUGAGCUACAUGACUUUAUCCAAGAGGAUGUCACCAAAAUAUACCCUUCAGUCAAAGAACUCGUGAAAAUCACUCUCAUUCAAUCAGGAGACCAUAUCUUGAAUUCGUUCGAUGAACGAAUCAGUUCAUUUGCUGAAGAGAAGUUCUUGCGAGAUGGUAUUGAUGUUCAGACGGGGAUGCGUGUGAUGUCCGUGUCUGACAAAGAUAUCACUGUGAAAAUCAAAUCAAGUGGGCAAGUCGUGAGUCUUCCUCAUGGAUUGAUAUUGUGGUCCACUGGAGUUGGAACUCGUCCAGUAAUCAGCGACCUCAUGGAGCAAGUUGGCCAAGGAGGCAGACGAGCCUUGGCAACCAACGAGUGGUUACAGGUGAAAGGAUGUGAGAACGUCUAUGCAGUUGGAGACUGUGCUUCCAUAGCUCAACGCAAAAUCAUGGAGGAUAUUGCAAAUAUAUUUAAGGCUGCGGAUGUGGACAACUCAGGAACCUUGACAGUGGAAGAGUUACAAGACGUGGUUGAUGAUAUCCUUGUGAGGUACCCACAGGUUGAGCUCUACCUGAAGAACAAGCAUAUGAGGAAUAUUAAAGAUCUGCUUGCAGAUUCUGAAGGAAAUGCAAAGAAAGAAGUAGACAUAGAGGAAUUCAAAUCGGCUCUUGCUGGGGUUGACUCGCAGAUGAAGAGCCUGCCUGCAACAGCUCAGGUCGCUGCGCAGCAAGGUUCUUAUCUUGCGCAAUGCUUCAACAGGAUGGAGCAUUGUAAAGAGCAUCCUGAAGGUCCUAAGCGCUUCAGAAGUGGCGGGCAUCACCAGUUUCGCCCUUUCCAGUACAAACACUUUGGACAAUUUGCUCCAUUAGGAGGGGACCAAGCAGCUGCUGAGCUACCUGGAGACUGGGUUUCAGCUGGAAGAAGCACCCAGUGGCUCUGGUACUCUGUUUAUGCCAGCAAGCAAGUUAGCUGGCGAACGAGGGCUCUGGUGGUGUCGGACUGGACAAGGAGAUACAUAUUCGGGAGAGAUUCAAGCCGUAUCUGAGCCAAAUCUGCAUUUUGUAAUGUGUUUGUUUGUUGUUUGUUUUUGGUGUAAAUCCCACAAAGCUGUGCGACUCCUUGUGAUUAUAAUAUAUAUAACCUUCUUUGUUUGUGAAUGACGACGAAGCAAAACCUUUUUAUGAGAAUCAUUUACUCAU